AGAGUGUUCCUCCGGUUAGUAGCUGACCGGCCGGCGACGUACGCACUGCGCUAGCAAUGGCGCCUCCACGGCGGCCGAGCAUGGGGCGGCAGAAAAUCGAGAUCCGGCGCAUAGAGAGCGACGAGGCACGGCAGGUGUGCUUCUCCAAGCGGCGCGCGGGGCUGUUCAAGAAGGCCAGCGAGCUCUCCAUCCUAUGCGGCGCCGACGUGGCCGCCGUCGUCUUCUCCCCCGCCGGCAAGGCCUUCUCGUUCGGCCACCCCUCGGUGGAGUCCGUCGUCGACCGCUUCCUCGCCUCGUCCACCCCCUCGCCUGCCGGUGCCGGUGCCGGUGCCGGCCACUCCUCCGCCGGCGGCGGCGAGGACCGCGCGGUCUCCGAGCUGAACCGCCAGCACGGCGACCUGCGCGCGCAGCUGGACGCGGAGAAGGCGAGGCAGGAGCGCGCGGACGAGGCCAUCCGGAAGGAGCGCGAGGCCGGGAGCCCCGCCAUGGCGUGGAUCGACGCGGACCUGGGCGCCAUGGGCCACGACGACCUGGUCGCGUUCUGGGCCGCGCUGGCCGGCGUGCAGGCCGCUGUGGCCGCCAGCGCCGAUCAGCUGCUGCGUGACGCGCUGCUCGUCGGGCGCAGGGGCCGACAGCAGCAGCAGCCAGCGGCCCAGCUUGGCGGUGGUGGUGUGGCCUUCGACGUCGGCGCGUUUGGCAUCGGCGUGCAGGUGCCGCCGCCUCCAGGAUUCGCUGGCGUCGACCUGCAGGGGUUCGGGGGACAGGCUGCUGCCAUCCUCGGCGCCGGCGGCCCCUCGUGAGGUGGUGGAAUGGAAUGCAUGUGCGCGCAGUUCGCUUGAGUUGUUGCAUUCGCAUGGAGGACGCGUCGUGCCUAUGUUAGGUUUGGUGAUAACAUCGCAAAUUUGCAAACAGUGUUUAAAUUAAAUUUGAUGUGUGCUUCCUGCUUCUCUC